AUGGCGGAUCAACUAAACAUGAACGGGCUCAGCCUCAACGGAGGACCCGGCGAGCAACGCUCCUACAUCCCUCCACACAUGCGAGCCAAGAUGGGAGCCGGUCCAGCUCCUGGAGGGCCUCCCGCUGGCGGACCCCCAGCCAUGAAUGGCGGCAUCAACGGUUCUGCUUGGGCGGCACCCACUGCAAACGGCUUCGCAGCUGGUGACGCUCGCUCUGGUGGCGGAAACUGGGCCAGCGCUCCCGAUUUCACCCCUCGUGGCAACGGUGCUGCACCCGCAGGACGCCCAAGCUGGGAUACCGCCGGACAAAACCCUGCUUUCAACCGAAAUGCAUAUGGCAACCCGGCAGCUGGCGGUGGUUCUGCUCCAUCGUCUGCUCGCGGAGCUGGUGACGGACAGUGGCGAGACGGGAAGCACAUUGCUGGACCACCAAACCCACGUCUGGAGCGAGAGCUUUUCGGCGUAGCUGACGACCCAACCAAGCAACAAACCGGCAUCAACUUCGAGAAGUACGAUGAUAUUCCCGUCGAAGCCUCGGGCCACGAUGUCCCCGAACCCGUCCUCAAGUUCACCAACCCUCCUCUCGAUGACCAUCUCCUCAAGAACAUCGAUCUCGCACACUACAAGGUCCCAACCCCUGUUCAAAAGUAUUCGAUCCCCAUUGUCAUGGGUGGUCGUGACUUGAUGGCUUGUGCGCAGACUGGUUCCGGAAAGACUGGUGGUUUCUUGUUCCCCAUCUUGUCUCAGGCCUUCAUCAACGGUCCCUCUGCCGCUCCAGGUAGCUCGGGUGCAAACUUCGGCCGCCAACGCAAGGCAUACCCCACCUCCUUGAUCCUUGCCCCCACCCGUGAACUUGUCUCUCAAAUCUACGAUGAGUCCCGCAAGUUCGCAUAUCGAUCAUGGGUUCGUCCCUGCGUCGUCUAUGGCGGUGCCGACAUCGGUUCUCAGCUUCGUCAAAUUGAGCGAGGUUGCGAUCUUCUCGUUGCUACCCCCGGUCGUCUCGUCGAUCUUAUUGAGCGUGGCCGCAUCUCCCUUUGCAACAUCAAGUACUUGGUUCUCGACGAGGCUGAUCGUAUGUUGGACAUGGGUUUCGAGCCUCAAAUUCGCCGUAUUGUUGAGGGUGAGGAUAUGCCAGGCGUCCAAGAACGUCAAACUCUCAUGUUCUCUGCCACCUUUCCCCGCGACAUCCAGAUGCUCGCCAGAGAUUUCUUGAAGGACUAUGUCUUCUUAUCAGUCGGCCGUGUUGGUUCCACCUCCGAGAAUAUCACCCAGAAGGUCGAAUACGUUGAGGAUAUGGAUAAGCGCUCGGUCCUGCUUGACAUUCUCCACACUCACGGUGCUGGUCUUACCUUGAUCUUCGUCGAGACUAAGCGUAUGGCCGACUCACUUUCCGACUUCUUGAUCAACCAAAACUUCCCUGCCACCUCCAUUCACGGUGAUCGUACUCAACGUGAGCGUGAGCGCGCCUUGGAGAUGUUCCGCAAUGGUCGUUGCCCAAUCCUCGUUGCCACUGCUGUCGCAGCUCGCGGCUUGGAUAUCCCGAAUGUCACCCACGUCGUCAACUACGAUCUCCCCACUGACAUUGAUGACUAUGUUCACCGAAUUGGUCGUACUGGUCGUGCGGGAAACACGGGUAUCUCUACUGCUUUCUUCAACCGUGGCAACAGAGGUGUUGUCCGUGAUCUCAUCGAUCUUUUGAAGGAGGCCAACCAGGAUGUACCGGCCUUCCUCGAGAACAUUGCCCGUGAAGGUUCCGGAUUUGGAGGUGGUGGCGGCGGACGCGGCGGUGGACGAUCCGGAGGAGGUCGGGGCCGCGGCGGAGCUGCCAAUCGCGAUUUCAGAAAGUUCGGCGGAGGUGCUGGAGGUGGUUUUGGUGGAGGAUAUGGCGGAGCUCCUGCCCCUGCAUACGGCGGUGGAUUCGGCGGACCUCCCCCAGCUGCUGCUUAUGGCGGCGGAGCUCCGGCUUAUGGCGGGGGUGGUGGCUAUGGCGGCGGAAGCUAUGGCAACCCGUCCGGCGGUGGAGGACAAUCUUGGUGGUAG